AUGUCAUUCGUGACAUGGAGCUCCUCGUGGACCGCCUCAGCCGAUGUCAACGUGCAGCUCGCGAGUGACUGCGCCGUGUCUCUCGUCCCUCUCCCUCUGCAUCUCACGCGCUCUACAGACGCCGUUUCAGUACCGUGCAAGCUCUCAAUGCUCUGGACACAGCAGCCGUUGCGCUGCUCGGACCUUCAGCUCGAGGUUCGAUGCUCCGCCCGUCACGUAGAGAUUUACGCGGAAGGCACGCGGCGCACUUUGAUGGGGGAAGAAGAGCUGGGCGAAGUGUACUUGGGCACGUUCCGAGGCACGACAGAGCGCUCCGAGCCGCCGCUUUUUGCCAUGUCGCCACGUUUCAAGCAGAGCGAUCGAAACGGCGAUGUGCUGAAGAGUGUGCACGCUUUGCAUGUCAAGUUUGUAUCGCUGAUGGGUGACAAAAAUGCACUGGACGUACACGAGUUUCGAUGCCGUUUCGUGCCGAUGGAGCCGGUUCAAACGGCUGAGCUCAGUGCUGCGGAACUGGCAAGCACGAUUGAUGGGGGUCGGCAAGGUGGUCGCACAACACCUGCAUUGGAUGUGACGAUACUUUUGAGCGACUUUCAGCAGCAAAUGGAGCGGGAGAUGGAGACGAAAAUGAAACAAGUUAUUGAUGCGAAGCUGUCGCUCCUAUCGAACCGUCUGGCUUUGUCAGAGCAGGCCAUAUUUCAGAUGUACAAGAAAAUGGAUGCAAAAAACGUCGAUGUUCAAGACAGCCUGAGCCAGAUUCAACUGCAGUAUUCCCAAUUAGAAGACCAGCUGAGCCAAAUGAGCGUCGUGAAUGAAGGAAAGCAGGACGUGCACGGAGGUCUCGAUGAGAUGAAAACAAAGACAGUGGAGCAGGCAAGCGAUGAAAAAUUAGAGGGAGCGCCGGUGGCUGAAGAAGCAGUCGUUGCGGACUGUGAGUAA